AUGAUUUGGGUCGCGUUUCUACCUUUUUUGGUUUCGUGCGCUCACGGGAACAGGACCGUGGACCAGGUGCCUUUCUUCCAUGGCCAUGUUUUUGAAAACUCAUCUCCGGGACUGCGGGUCAAUGGACUGAGUGUCCCGUUGAAGCGUCUCAACUCGCAGCGGUUGUGUGGUACCGGGGAAUUUGCGCCGCACUUUAAACUACUGGGAGACGGGAGCGAAAAUUUCAGGGUCUUUGCGCACAACAAACGGGGGCAUAUUUUACUCAAGACUUCUGCGGUUUUGGAUCGGGAGGAGCGGGGUGAUUACGCGCUUAGUCUCGGGUUAUGCUGCGGGCAAUGCUCGGGACUCUCCCGGGAAGUUGAAGGGGAGUCCCCGGUUGUCACUGAGGUUGCGUCCAUCAAGGUGGACGUCCUGGACACCAACGACCACCAGCCCACUUUCACUGGGAAUGAUGUGAAGCUGAGCCUGGAUGAUGCCACUGCGCUUCGCACGGCUAUCUACACGGUGACUGCGCGGGACCGUGACAGCGGUAAGAACGCAGAGCUCAUCUACUUCGCCUUGCCCAAGAACGGGAGUUUCUACAUAGUGCCCAAAACCGGAGACAUUCUCCUGGUGGACUCCAUCCUCGGUCUGGAUGAACCGAUUAAGUUUAAAGUGUUUGCUCGGGACCGCGGGUGGCCACCUCGCACGAGCAAGUGUAUAGAUGUGGAGAUCAAUCCGCGCCAGUGGCCCGUGUUGCCCUCUUUAAACACCCAGCAGGGUAGAUCGCAAAUGAAAGUGCCAGCGCGAAGGUCCAGGUCAGUGCUGGAGUCAGACAGCCCCGUUUUAAUCAACGUGUCCGAGGACGCAGGGAUCGGGUCAGUGGUGAUGAACCUGAACCCGGUGAGGUUUCAGGCGGCAUCAUUUGAGCUGGUGGAGCCGGACGCGGAGAGCUCACCGGUGAGCGUGAGCCGGGACAGCGGGGAUAUAGUGAUAUCACGGAAACUGGACCGAGAGACGGAGCCUCUGGUGGAGAUCAGCGUCAAAGUGCAGGAUAAGAGAGGUCCAGAGUGGUACUUGGUCAGAGUGGAGCUGACAGUGACAGAUGUAAAUGAUAAUAUCCCAGAAUGGAGCAUGAUUCCAGCUCCAUACCUGGCUGUGGUUUCCCCCGACGCCCCCGCAGGCUCGCUGGUCUACAAGCUUCACGCUCAGGACGGAGAUGAAGGGAACAACGGUGAAGUCGAGUAUUUCCUAUCUGAUGGCGGUGAAGGUCGUUUCGAGGUCGACAGGAAGAAUGGCCAGGUGCGGACCACUGGCCUCCCCCUGCAGCGGGACAGGGAGUACCUGCUGACAGUGGUGGCUGCUGACCGGCUUGGGAGCCGCAGCGCUCCUGUGGUCGUCUCUGUGGUGGCAGGGGCCCGACCCCCACAGUUCACCAACGCUUCCUUCACCAUCGCCAUACCUGAAAACACCCCUGAAGGACAGCCAUUCCUGGUCACCCCUGCUGUGUCUUUCCAGAAGAAACCAAUCAGCUACAGCCUUCUCAUCAAUCCCAGCAGCCUGUUCUCCAUCUCAGCAGAGACCGGCGAAAUCAGCCUGACCCGUCCUAUCGACUACGAGAGCGACCAGCAUCGGUACUUGCUGUUGGUGCGAGCCAGCGAGGGCCUGGACAGCAUGAGCAGUGCAGCCGAGGUACGAGUUGUCAUAGUUGAUGAAAACGACUGCGUUCCAGAAUUCCUCCAGUCCAUCUACAGCAAGGAUGGCGUACCGGAGACUGUGACAACGGCAACGUCUCUGCUACAAGUGUCAGCCAAUGACUGUGACUCCGAAGAGAACGCAGAGUUGACCUACUAUACCCUGAGUCCAGACUUCACCAUUUCCCCCCAUGGGACCAUUUUCCCUGCGGGGCCUUUGGACUUUGAGAGGCCCAACCACCUGUACGAGUUCGUAGUGAUGGCAAUCGACAAGGGGGAGGUCCCUCGCACCGGUACAACUACCGUACGGAUUCGAAUGGCUAACGUUAACGAUGAGGCGCCUGAGUUCUCCCAACACGUAUAUCGGACCUUCGUCUCAGAGGAUGCUGGCCCCAACACGCUUGUUGCCACUGUGCUGGCGAAGGACCCUGAUGGAGACGGGAUCACAUAUAAGAUCACCACAGGAAAUGAGGAAGGCAACUUUAUCAUCGACAGCCAAAAAGGUUUGAUCCGCCUUCGCUCCAGCCCGCCCCCCCACCUCCAGGGUGUUGAAUAUAUCCUCAAUGUCACGGCAACCGAUGACAACUCCUCAGGCGGACCUCAGGCCUUGUCGUCCACAGCCCAGGUUAUAGUGGGAGUGGACGAUGUGAAUAACAACAAGCCGGUGUUUGAGAAGUGUCAGCAGUACCGAGAGAGCACAUCAGUCCUGGAGAGCCAGCCAGCUGGGACGUUUGUUCUGCAGGUCCAUGCAGUAGAUGCUGACGAGGGCUCCAAUGGCAGGGUCACAUACGGCUUCAUGCACAAAGACUCCACUGUACCGGCAUUCAGUAUUCAUCCAGACACAGGAGUUAUUGUGACAGCCAGGAAAUUUGAUCGCGAACGGCAACGAGAGUAUGCAGUGACAGUGACUGCCACUGACCGGGCAGCUGACCCCUUGAUUGGCAUUUGUCAGCUCAACAUCCUCAUCCUGGACCAGAACGACAACAGUCCCAAGUUUGAGAACAUCCGUUAUGAGUACUUCCUUCGUGAGGAUACAAUGAUCGGGACUAGUUUCCUGCGAGUGGCGGCUCAUGACGAUGACUUCGGCACCAACGCGGCCAUCACAUACUCUAUGUCAAGUGAACAGCCAGAAUACCUCAGGGUCAACCCCCUGACAGGCUGGGUGUUUGUUAACCAGCCCAUUUCUCAGAGGACCUACAUCACCAGGGAAAUCGUGGCUACAGAUGGAGGGAACAGGAGCAGUUCAGUUGAGUUGUCCGUCACCAUCACCAACGUGAAGAACCAGCCUCCACAGUGGGACAAAGACAGCUACAGCAUGGUCAUACCAGAAAACACUGUCAGAGACACGCCCAUCGUGAACAUCAAAGCCACCUCACCUCUUGGGGAUCCAAGAGUGACGUAUAACUUGGAGGACGGCAUGGUCCCAGAGACCAACAUGCCAGUUCGCUUCUACUUGACCCCCAACCGAGAGGACGGUUCGGCCUCCAUCCUUGUUGCAGAACCCCUGGACUAUGAGACCACCAGGAACUUCAUACUGCGAGUUCGGGCACAGAAUGUGGCUGCUGUUCCGUUGGCGGCCUUCACCACGGUCUAUGUCAAUGUCACAGAUGUAAAUGACAACGUCCCAUUUUUCACUUCCUCCAUCUACGAGGCUUCGGUCACUGAAGGGGCGGAAUCAGGAACCUUAGUUUUCCAGGUUUCAGCCAACGACCUUGACUUGGGUCUCAAUGGCAAGAUCUCCUACUCCCUGCUGGAGGAUCGCAGUGGAGACCACCAGUAUUUCCGUAUUGACCCGGAGCUGGGAUUCAUCUACUCUCAGUCUGUGUUUGACCGAGAGACCAAAAGCUCCUACCUGUUGGAGGUUCAGUCUAUGGAUGGCUGGGAGUCAGCUCGGCCUGGCAAACAUGGACAACCCAACUCUGACACAGCGUAUGUUCGUGUUUUCAUCAGCGACGUGAACGAUAACAAGCCAGCAUUCGCACAGGCGUCCUACGAAGUCGAUGUGGAUGAGGAUGCUGACGUAGGCUUCGCCAUUCUCACCGUCAGUGCCAAUGACGGGGACGAAGGUGGAAACGCUAAGCUUCGCUACCAGAUCACAUCAGGGAACACGGGAGGGGUGUUUGAUGUAGAACCAGAGGUGGGCACUAUCUUCAUCGCCCAGCCACUGGACUACGAACAGAACAAAAGGUACAAGCUCCAUGUCCUGGCUUCAGAUGGAAAGUGGGAGGAUUACUCGACUGUGACGGUCAACGUGGUCAACAAGAAUGACGAGGCUCCUGUGUUCACCGUUAACGAAUACUACGGCAGCGUUACGGAGGAGCUGGAUGGCUCACCGGUGUUUGUGUUACAGGUUACAGCAUCAGAUCCAGAUAAAGAUGCUGACCAGGAGGCCCUACGCUACUCUCUGCAUGGCCAGGGUGCAGAGAGUGAAUUCAUAAUUGAUGAGAUCACAGGAAAGAUAUACGCCCAGCGGACACUGGAUCGCGAAGAGCGUGCCGUUUGGCGUUUUGUCGUGUUGGCCACAGACGAGGGCGGCGAAGGUCUGACAGGCUUCACAGACGUCAUCAUCAAUGUUUGGGACAUCAAUGACAACGCGCCCAUCUUCACCUGUGCCCCAAGCUGCCAUGGAGACGUAGCAGAGAACUCGGUUGUGGGGACGUCUGUGAUGGAGAUGACGGCCACCGAUCUGGACGACUCUGCGGUGGGCCAGAACGCUGUGCUGUCAUACAGGAUUAUUGGUAGUUUAGAUGCCACAAACGUCGAUGUAGGAGGAGUGCCUACCUUCUCAGAAAUGUUCAUGAUCAAUCCCACCACUGGGACCAUCACUGUGGCCAUGGGAGGCCUUGACAGAGAGCAAGUGGAGUCCUACCUUCUGGUGGUGGAGGCCAGAGAUGGUGGAGGGAUGACGGGAACUGGAACUGCUACCAUUCAGAUCAAGGAUGUGAAUGAUCAUGCUCCAAGAUUCAUGGAUCACUCCUGCAUUGCAAGGAUCUCUGAGAAUGCAGAGGUCAAUGCAGAGGUCCUAGAGAUUGCUGCAGAGGACAGAGACACUGGAGAAAACGCCCUGCUGACCUUCAGUGUUGUGGCCGGAGACCAAGAGCAGAAGUUCUACAUGGUCAGUCACAAGCAGGAGCAGCGCGGCACCCUAAGGCUGAAGAAACGCCUCGACUAUGAACGACAUAGCGAGCAAAGGUUCAACCUCACACUGAAGGUUGAAGACCUGGACUUUUCCAGCCUGCUGCACUGUGUGGUGGAGGUAGAGGACUACAAUGACCAUGCUCCCGUCUUCAUUCCACACCUCCUGUCACUGGCCCCCCUCCCUGAGGAUAUCAGCGUGGGGACCAGUGUAGCCCGUUUGGUGGCCAGCGACUCUGAUUCAGGACAGAACCGCGACAUCACCUACAGCCUAACAGAGGACUCCGAUCCUGAAGGGCUCUUCACCAUUGACCAGUCCGGUGUCCUCUCUGUGGCCCGGCCUCUGGAUCGGGAGAAGAUAGCACAGCAUGCCUUGGUUGUCAUGGCAACAGAUCAUGGUGUUCCACCUCUAACAGGUAGUGCCACUGUCCAGCUGCCACUGUUGGAUGUGAACGACAACGGUCCGGAGUUUGAGGUGGCAUACUCCCCAGUAGUGUUCGAGAACGUGGCAGGACCACAGGUAGUAAGGAUGAACCAAACAUCGACCCUCCUGCGAGCUGUGGACCGGGACUCUCCAGAGAACGGUCCGCCCUUCCACUUCACAGUCUCCCCUGAGUAUCGCCAUAGCAAUGAUCUCUAUCUCCAGGACAACCUAAAUGGCACCGCGACUCUAACAGCUCUGAGGACAUUUGACCGCGAACGCCAGAAAGAGUUCCUCAUCCCUAUCAUCAUGAGUGACAGCGGCCAUCCUGCCAAAACAGUGACCAGCACCCUAACCGUGACUAUCGGUGACCAAAAUGAUCACCCACAUGUGGCGGGGGAGAAGAAGAUUUUCAUCAAUAGUCACAGAGGUCGUAUGCCAACAACUGUGCUUGGAAAGGUCUACUCCCCUGACCCUGAUGACUGGGACAAUAAGACAUAUGUGUUUGAAGGACAUCUGCCAAGUUACUUCAUCCUGAACAAGCGAACAGGCUUCCUGAUCAUCAAGGAGAACGCCCCGCCUGGCGUCUACGAGUUCCAGGUCCGUGUGUCGGAUGGAGUUUGGCAAGAUGCCGUCUCUACCAUCACUGUGUAUGUGAGGGAGCUGCGAGACGAGGCCAUCUACAACUCUGCGUCUCUCCGCCUGGCAGACAUCACAGCAAAGGAGUUCAUUGAAUUAAGAGGGAAGCAGCGGAGCCGCUAUGAGCUGCUGGUGGACUUCCUGUCUAAGAUGCUCUACGUUCCACCUGAGGAUGUCAACAUAUUUAGCCUAAUGGAUGUGAAGGUGCAAAUGCUGGAUGUUCGCUUUGCCGUGCAUGGUGGUACCUCCUUCCUCCAGCAAGAGAAAAUCCAUGGUUAUCUAACCGCCCACAAACAAAAGCUCCAGUCAUUCCUGCAGGUCAACGUGUUCCAAAUCCGGGUGGAUGAGUGUCCAAGCUCAGAGUGUGCCGGGGCCGGCGGCUGCAGCAACGUCCUGAACGUGCGGGACACGCCCACAGUGGUGGAUUGUGGGACCAUGAGUCUUGUAUCUGUGACGGUGGAAUCUACCGCUGUGUGCUCCUGCUCAGGGAGAGAGCUAUCCCAUCAGCCCUGCAACACAUAUCCCAGAAACCCUUGCUUCAACGGCGGCAUGUGUGUGGACACUCAGCAUGGAUACAGGUGCCAAUGCCCGGCUCAGUUCGAGGGGCCUGAGUGCCAGCAGAACAAGCACAGUUUCCAUGGCAACGGCUAUGCUUGGUUUCCUCCCAUGAUGCCUUGUUUUGAGAGCCACGUGUCGCUGGAGUUCAUCACGGAUGUGGCGGAUGGACUGCUGCUGUACAGUGGUCCCUUAGCCCAGCUGCAAGCCUGGGACAAUGAGGACUUCAUGGCACUAGAGCUAAUAGAUGGGACCCCCACCUUGAAAAUCAACCACGGCUCUGGCACGGUGGUGCUACAGUUGCCAGGCAACGUGAACGUGGCAGACCGGCGGUGGCAUCGGCUGGAUGUCCGCAGCAACAGCAAGGAAGUGCGAUUCACCCUGGAUCGCUGUUCAGGCGCAGCGGUGAUGGAGAUGGAGGGACUGGGCAGCUGGUUGACCACCGAGGACCAUUCCUCCUGUGAAGUGACCGGCGUUACACCCAACACUGACAGACACCUGAACAUGAGCCAGGUGCUGCAGCUAGGCGGUGUGAACGAGGACAUCCCAUACGUCUACCCUCAGCUGCAGCACAAACACUUCACCGGCUGUAUCCGCAACCUCAUCGUGGACAGCAAGCUCUACGAUCUGGGCUCACCGGCUGACUCCAACUCCAGCUCGCCCGGCUGUCUGACCACCGACAGCAGCUGUGUCAACAUGGGGUAUCCGUCCUGUGGCCACCGGGGACGCUGUCACGGCGAGUGGGGCUCUUUCAGCUGCCAGUGUGUGCCGGGAUACACCGGCCACCAAUGCGAAGAGGAGGUCCAAGAGUAUUCCUUUGAUGGGCACAGUCACGCACAUUUUCAAUUGUCGUCCACGCUGCCAGCCCGAAGGACAUGGGUGCAAGUCUUGGUCCGAACCCGCAAACACAGCAGCACCAUCCUCAAUCUGAUCUCCAAGGAGCAAAGUGAAUACGUACGACUGGAGAUCUUCCAAGGCCUCCUCUGUGUUUUCUACAACCUCGGUGACGGGGACUACAACCUAACCCUACCAACCUAUCGUCUUGACAACGGUGAAUGGCACGAGGUCUUCCUAGAUAGGCAUGACAAUGAGAUGAUGCUGCGUCUGGACGGAGGUGGAGGACAGCGGGAGGUCACAGGGGCGCAGGGCCGAAGCAGAGAAAUCAUCAUUGACCCCAGCAUGGUGAUGCUGGGAAACACCUUCCCUUCUGGAAUCAACAAGAGCUUCCAGGGCUGCAUGAGAGAUGUACGCCUCAACGGCCGCUACAUGCCAUUGGACAGCCAGCCGCGUGAUGGGGUUUCCCAGGUCAGCGUACAAGGCGUCUCUCUUGGGUGCUCUUCUGACUCCUGCAAAAGAAACCAAUGUAGCCCCCCCUUCACCUGUGUUGACUUGUGGAGAGUGCACGAAUGCAGAUGUCCUCCUGGCCACAUGAUCCGUGUGAACGGGACGAGGAAGUCCUGUGUCUACACCCUCUGUGUUACACGGCCCUGUCACCGGGGGACCUGUGUGGCACAGUCGCCCUCCAAAUUCACCUGCCACUGCCCGGAGGGCUACAGAGGACGCCACUGUGAGACAACACUGGCCAUCUAUCGGGAGGACGUGGGCCUGAGCUUCAGCUCCCUCUUUGCCAUCUGUAUCUGCUUCAUGGCCUUGCUAGUGCUGCUGCUGGGCAUUUUCCUCUACACCCGCUGGAGGAGCUACAAGGGGCUGAAGGAGGGCGUUUAUCACGUCUCCGCCCACCAUGACGGCUGGGAGGACAUCCGGGAGAACGUCCUCAACUAUGAUGAGGAGGGAGGCGGUGAGGAGGACCAGAAUGCUUACGACAUGGCGGAGCUGCAGAAGUCCCUCCAGCCGAGCCCGGCCCAGUCUGUCCAGUACUGCCGCUCCAGAGCUCUGCACCACCCUCCCCCUCUCCCCCCCCUCCUCCACCACCACCACCACCACCUCCUCCACCAGGCGCCCCCGGCCCCGCCCUGUUCCCAGCCGCUGGACACGCUGAGCCGGACCACAAGCUCAACCACCCUGCCCCCUUCCGCGGCCUCCACCUGCUCCACCGCCACCUCCAACACCGCCAGCCUCCGCAGGGACGUCCCCCCGACCAGACUCCCAGCACAGGGCCAGGCCCGCCCCUCCCAGCUGGCUCACCGCUCCCUGUCCUUCUCCAGCCAGGACCUGGCACGCUACCUGUGCGAGAUCAUCCGCGACGCCGAUCAGCACCCGGACACGGGGCCCUUCGACUCCCUGCAGGUGUUCUCCACCGAGGGAGGGGGUUCGCCUGCUGGCUCCCUCAGCUCCUUCAGCUCGGCGGGGCUAGAUGGAGGGAGCGUGGGGGACGGGGGAGCAGGAGGGGAGGGGAGGAGGGAGGAAACGCUCGGGGAGUGGGGGCCCCGCUUCGAGAAGCUGCGGGCGCUGUACGAGCGGGCCGAGGCCAGCGACCUCUGA